AUGAUGGUGCAAAGCUUGGCUUCCUCGACGGCCACGACCUUGGUCGUUCUUCUUCUCAUCACAGUUGUGCCUAUUGCUAGUUCAUUCCAAGGUCACCCCGAGCCCAGAAACGGCCACUCCAUAAGCAACCACCAUGAUCAUGACCAUAAUAAGCUGCUGUUUGAGAUAACAGUCCAUGGGUUUCUGCUGUGGGCUUCAUUGGGGUUCUUGGCGCCUGUUGGGAUGCUGGCAAUCAGAUUGUCACACAGAGAGGAAUGCGGAACAAGGCUCAAGAUUCUUUUCUAUCUUCAUUCCAUUUCACAGAUUGUUGCUCUACUUCUUUCCACGGCGGGAGCAGUAUUGUCAUUCAAGAACUUCAGUAACUCCUUCAAUAACCAUCAUCAAAGAAUCGGUUUAUCCCUGUAUGGCAUCAUUUGGCUACAAGCAGUUGUAGGGUUCAUAAGGCCUCCAAGGGGGUCGAAGAGAAGGAGCUUGUGGUUUUUGGUCCACUGGAUGAUUGGAACCACAGUCUGCCUGCUUGGCAUCAUCAAUGUCUACACAGGACUAGUAGCAUACCAUGAGAAGACAUCAAGAAGCAUAACAAAAUGGAUUGCAGCUCUCACAGUUGAAGUCUGCCUGCUGGCUCUCUUGUAUCUUUUCCAGGACAAAUGGGCUUAUAUCAGAAAGCAAGGAGUCAUUCUGGGAAACGACCCUGCAGUCAGGUCCAUUGACAGAGUGGUGGUUUUCCCACAAGACAACAACAAGCACAAGGAGCCCCGGUCGAUUUCCUUGGUACAAGAAUCGUUGUAA